AGAAUGCAGUUCCUUAAAGCAGUUUUCCUCGUUGUGAUAUAUUCGUGUGAAACCUUUGGACAAUGUGUAUUUCCAUGCAGUUACCAGAAUAGAACGUACAGAUAUGUGGAGAUAGGCACAAACACAACGUACGAAAAAGCAGUUUUCAGUCCACCUGGGAACUUAACAAAAGUGAUUACAUAUGUAAAUGGCAUUGAUCCUUUUUACAUUGAAUGUGUACACAGAAGUGGACCCUUUAGUGCUUUAAGGUACAACAAUGGCUCACAUUGGUUAUACAGAUGUAUUAAAGACGCUUUUUACGAGACCGACCGCGAUGUUAUUGUGAUGUUUACUACCGACUGGGAGCCAUUUUCCUACUAUCCAACUUUGUGUCAAGUUUGCAAUGGUAGCGGUUUUAAGAAAGACAUUAGUCUAGUUGGAGUUGAUGAAGCAAAAGAUUGUAAAGUUGUUAUAAUGCCAGAGUUGGAGUGCAACAUGCCGGGGAUAUGUCCCGCUACACAACCAGGACAGAUUCAGUGCCCAAACUGUCCUUCCGAUAGCGAUGGUCUGUGUUGUUGA